GGCCCCGGCGCAGGAGGAGGCGCCGUGCGCGGCCCGAGUCCCCGGGCGCUGCCGCCGGUGCGGGGACAGCGGCGGCUCCGCUCCGCUCGCCGGCUCAGGCCUUGCAUGCUGUGACACAAAGAUCUCAUCGCCUGGCGCGCUAUGUUCAUGUUUUGAAAUCAAGAUUGAUUAGCCAACACGAGAAGACCCAGCUGGUUAUAUGACUCAGAACCCUGUUCAUGAGGCACUUGCUUGUUUUUACAAGACAACUGUCCAGAGGAAGAAAUGACCAUGUAGAUUCUACAGCUUGGGUGCAACAUAAUGGGAAAUGGUGAAUGGAGUGGAGCUGGUCUGCAGCCUUGAGAGCAGCCGUUCUGUGACCUCCAGCCUGUCAGGGACACCCUCCACGCCAGGGGCAUCCUCCACGUCGCUCGCCGGACACACGCGGGAUUCUUUUUAAUUUCUCCGAUUUGGAAUUCGAGAUUCCUCUCCUCCAAUUUUUAAACAGUUUUAAGAUUGUAUCAACUACGAGUGGAGCAAUAUAACCAGCCACGAUGGGUGACAUGACAAAUAGCGAUUUUUAUUCCAAGAACCAAAGAAAUGAGGCCAACCAUGCAGGAGAGUUUGGGUGCACACUGCAGGAACUGCGCUCCCUCAUGGAACUCCGAGGGACAGAAGCAGUAGUAAAAAUUAAAGAGACUUAUGGGGAAACAGAGGGGCUCUGCAGACAUCUGAAGACAUCACCAACAGAAGGAUUAGCUGGCACUGCUGCAGACCUAGAAAAAAGAAAGCUUAUUUUUGGAAAAAAUUUUAUACCUCCAAAGAAGCCAAAAACAUUCAUACAGCUAGUUUGGGAAGCGUUGCAGGACGUGACUCUAAUCAUCUUGGAAAUUGCAGCCAUCAUAUCUUUGGGGCUUUCGUUUUAUCAGCCACCUGGAGAAGGGAAUGAAGGGUGUGGGACUGCAACAGGAGGAGCUGAGGAUGAGGGGGAGGCCGAAGCUGGCUGGAUUGAAGGUGCUGCCAUCCUCCUGUCUGUCAUCUGCGUUGUCCUGGUCACUGCCUUCAACGACUGGAGCAAGGAGAAGCAGUUCCGGGGGCUGCAGAGCCGCAUCGAGCAGGAGCAGAAGUUCACCGUGGUGCGAGGGGGACAGGUCAUCCAGAUCCCCGUGGCAGAGAUCGUGGUUGGGGACAUUGCACAGGUCAAAUAUGGUGACCUCCUACCUGCUGAUGGGAUAUUUAUUCAAGGAAAUGAUCUCAAAAUCGACGAGAGCUCCUUGACUGGAGAGUCAGACCAGGUCCGCAAAUCCGUGGACAAAGACCCAAUGCUGCUGUCAGGCACCCAUGUCAUGGAAGGCUCUGGGCGGAUGCUGGUGACUGCUGUGGGGGUGAAUUCUCAGACUGGCAUCAUCUUCACUCUGCUGGGAGCUGGGGGAGAAGAGGAGGAGAAGAAAGACAAGAAAGUAGAUUCUUCCCAUCCCUCCUCCCACCCUCCUCCAGCCACAGAUGGUGCAGCAGGUGCAAAUGCCACUGAUAAUGCAAAUGCCAGCUUAGUCAAUGGCAAGAUGCAGGAUGGGAAUAUGGAGAACAACCAGAACAAAGCCAAGCAGCAGGACGGGGCUGCUGCCAUGGAGAUGCAGCCGCUGAAGAGCGCAGAAGGGGGAGAGGGAGACGACAAGGACAAGAAGAAAUCCAACAUGCACAAGAAAGAAAAAUCGGUCCUGCAGGGAAAGCUGACCAAGCUGGCAGUGCAGAUUGGCAAAGCAGGUCUGGUGAUGUCUGCCAUCACUGUCAUCAUCUUGGUACUGUAUUUUGCCAUUGACACCUUUGUGGUCAACAAGAAGCAGUGGUUGCCUGAGUGCACUCCUGUCUACGUUCAGUAUUUUGUUAAAUUCUUCAUUAUUGGUGUUACUGUGCUCGUGGUUGCUGUUCCUGAGGGACUCCCACUUGCUGUCACUAUUUCUCUGGCUUAUUCUGUAAAGAAAAUGAUGAGGGACAACAACCUGGUGAGGCACCUGGACGCCUGCGAGACCAUGGGCAACGCCACGGCCAUCUGCUCGGACAAGACGGGCACGCUGACCACCAACCGCAUGACCGUGGUGCAGGCCUACGUGGGCGACGUCCACUACAAGGAGAUCCCCGACCCCGACUCCAUCCCUGCCAAAACCAUGGAGCUGCUGGUCAAUGCGAUUGCUAUCAACAGUGCUUACACUACAAAAAUUCUGGUUAAAAGGAGAUCAAUUUACUUUGUGAUGAACAGGUGUUCCAGGAUCCUCAACGCGGCUGGGGAACCGCGCAUCUUCAGGCCCCGCGACAGGGACGAGAUGGUGAAGAAAGUGAUUGAGCCCAUGGCCUGUGAUGGGCUGAGAACCAUCUGUGUGGCCUUCAGAGACUUCCCCAGCAGCCCCGAGCCUGACUGGGACAAUGAGAACGACAUCUUAUCCGACCUGACUUGCAUCUGUGUCGUUGGCAUUGAAGACCCAGUAAGGCCAGAGGUGCCAGAAGCCAUCCGGAAGUGCCAGCGAGCCGGGAUCACCGUGCGCAUGGUCACCGGGGACAACAUCAACACUGCGCGUGCCAUUGCCAUCAAAUGUGGCAUCAUCCACCCUGGAGAGGACUUCCUCUGCCUCGAGGGGAAGGAGUUCAACAGGAGGAUCCGAAAUGAGAAGGGAGAGAUUGAGCAGGAGCGGAUUGACAAAAUCUGGCCAAAGCUCCGGGUGCUUGCUCGCUCUUCCCCCACGGACAAACACACUUUGGUGAAAGGUAUUAUUGACAGCACACAGGUGGAACAGAGGCAGGUGGUAGCUGUGACUGGGGAUGGAACCAACGAUGGACCAGCACUUAAAAAAGCUGAUGUUGGCUUUGCAAUGGGCAUUGCGGGCACAGACGUGGCCAAGGAGGCCUCGGACAUCAUCCUGACGGACGACAACUUCAGCAGCAUCGUCAAGGCCGUCAUGUGGGGCCGCAACGUCUACGACAGCAUCUCCAAGUUCCUGCAGUUCCAGCUCACCGUCAACAUCGUGGCCGUCAUCGUGGCCUUCACCGGCGCCUGCAUUACCCAGGACUCUCCCCUGAAGGCCGUGCAGAUGCUGUGGGUGAACCUGAUCAUGGACACGUUCGCCUCGCUGGCGCUGGCCACGGAGCCGCCGACCGAGGCGCUGCUGCUGCGCAAACCCUAUGGCCGCAACAAGCCGCUCAUCUCCCGCACCAUGAUGAAAAACAUCCUGGGCCACGCCGUCUACCAGCUCACCCUCAUCUUCACCCUGCUCUUUGUUGGUGAGAAAAUGUUUAAGAUUGACAGUGGGAGGAACGCCCCUCUUCACUCUCCUCCUUCCGAGCACUACACCAUCAUCUUCAACACCUUUGUCAUGAUGCAGCUCUUCAACGAGAUCAACGCCCGCAAGAUCCACGGCGAGAGGAACGUCUUCGACGGCAUCUUCAGAAACCCCAUUUUUUGCACUAUUGUCCUGGGCACCUUUGCUAUUCAGAUAGUGAUUGUCCAGUUUGGAGGAAAACCAUUCAGCUGUUCUCCCCUGCAGCUGGACCAGUGGAUGUGGUGUGUAUUUAUUGGAUUAGGAGAGCUGGUGUGGGGUCAGGUCAUUGCAACCAUCCCAACAAGUAGGCUAAAGUUUUUAAAGGAGGCAGGGAGGCUCACUGAGAAGGAGGAGGUCCCUGAGGAAGAGCUCAAUGAAGAUGUUGAAGAAAUAGAUCAUGCAGAGAGAGAACUCCGACGUGGACAAAUCCUCUGGUUCCGAGGGCUCAACAGAAUCCAGACCCAGAUCGAAGUAGUCAAUACUUUCAAGAGUGGCACUUCCUUUCAGGGGGCUCUCAGGAGACAGUCCUCCGUCACAAGCCAGACCCAGGAUAUCCGCGUCGUGAAGGCAUUCCGUAGCUCUCUCUAUGAAGGUUUAGAAAAACCAGAAUCUAGAACCUCUAUUCACAACUUUAUGACUCAUCCUGAAUUUAGGAUAGAAGAUUCCCAGCCCCACAUCCCACUCAUUGAUGACACAGACCUAGAAGAAGACCCUGCUCUCAAGAAAAACUCGAGUCCACCGUCCUCGCUGAACAAGAACAACAGUGCUAUCGACAGUGGAAUCAAUCUUACAACUGAUACAAGUAAAUCAGCUACCUCUUCUAGUCCAGGAAGCCCAAUACAUAGCCUGGAGACAUCACUUUAGCUGAAAAGGUCACUGCAAAAAGAAAAACAAAAAAAGAAAUAUAAAAAGUUAAAGUAAAAUAAAAUAAGAAACCCCACAGCAACCGAGAUAUAUAAAUAUAUAUAUUAAAAACAUUGCUGGCUGAAAAGCUGUUUGAACUCUUAUUCACUCUGAGACAAGUGAAUGAAUUGUUGAUCACAAUGGUUUUGGGGAAAGAAUGAAUGGCUGAUUUACAUACCCCCCCGUUCCCUUUCAGAAAAACAAAAACAAAAAAAAAAAUCCUCCUGCAUGAAUGUACUGUACACUGCUGGCCCUUCUUUCUCUCCUUUUGUUUGUUUUUAUUUCCUUUUUGGUUUUUUUUCUUUUUGUUUUUUGUUUUUUGUUUUUUUUUUCCUCCUUAAGCAGGAACUGCAGAGGACUUCUUUCUGAGGCUAUUUAUCCAAUUCACUGGUCUGUGAGUUUUUGAAAUGCUUGUGUGGCAUGGACUCAAUUGUAUAGAUUAAUUUAAAUAACUUUUUUGAAGUUGCAAAGCUUAACUUGCACAGUAGAUUUGCACCAGUUGGACAGAGGAACUUAAACAUUUAUGAGACUAUAUAUAGAGAUAUAUACAUAUAAGUAUAUAGAUAAUUAAUUAUAUAUAUGUAUAUAUCUAUCUAUAUAUAUAUAGUUAUAUAUAUAUAAAGUUUCUUUGUUGGCAUGUUGCCUUGUUUCUGCUCAAAUUGCUCUGACUAUUUUAACUUAUUUAUGUCCUAAAAAAGAAUGUAAUUUGUUUACAAACCUGUAGAUAAUAUCCUUAACUAUUUGUAGGGUUAAGAAAGCACUUCCUGCCGAAGUAGUAUAAAAAUGGCUCAGCUCAGCUCAUUGAAAAUGUCUGUACUCUCACACCCUGGAUAUUUUAUUACAACCGUGCUCUGAUUUCUGCCUGAUUUAGUUUUUGGGUUCUUUUUUUUUUUUUUUUUUUU